CGGCAACUGCGAAGUCGCACCCAAGACUGUAAUAAUUGGACUCCGCAUAGUUUGUUUUGCCACUCAGAAUGAACUCUCCAUAUCGUCCAACUUACACCAAGUCUCGCCAUGGCUGUUCAAGAUGUAAAGAGAAGAGAGUAAAAUGCGACCAGAGGAGGCCGGGAUGUAAACGAUGUGAGGAUGCAGGCUCCUCAUGCCCUGGCUACGCUUUAAACCUGCGAUGGUCUGCUAAGAACCAACUUCAACAGAAGUCUGUCAGCUCUAGCCAAAAGCCUCGGACGAGAAGAGGCAAUCAGUCAUGCUCAAGUUCAACUAGUUAUAUGAAUGAGGGAGAAACCAUUGAUAUCACGACGUCAACAUUGGAUCCCUUGCUAUUAUUUCCUCAUUUUGGAGAUACCAACCUAAUGCCAUUCCCAGCACUGAAUGCCUCCGACUUCCUCGGCUUAGGGGAGGAUCCUUCAGCUUCAAAUUGGCCUUUCCCAAUUUUGGAUUCCUCGGAUGCCGUGACUAUACCAGACGAUACGGCUUUUACAGAUGGCUCACCGAGUUUGGAUAAAACUGGCCAGUGGAAAGAUCAGGGAACGGAGACGAAUCAUUCCAUUGAUAUGAGCUGGUUGCGCGAUGAAGGUCAACAAUCUUGUACUGAUCUAAAUACGACACCUCUACUUGCAGAGUCUUACAACAAUGGAGCCCCUGGUCACCACUCAUCACUAACAAUACCACAACAACUGAACAAUCUUCCAACAGCUCUUUCUGACUUCUUUAUACGGGAAGUCAUACCACUUUACUGCGCAUGGGAUAGUCAGUCGAAUCUAAUGCGAGUAGUAGCAGAAAACUCGUGGCAAUCAUCAAAGGUCCUAUAUCACACGAUGCAAAGCAUGUCAGCCGCUUGUCUAACAAGCGUCUUUCCUGAAUUAUCUACCACUGCAAUUCAAGAACGCUUGAUAGCCCUUCAAUGCUUAGAUGGGGACAACCCAAAUACUGCAGAGUAUGUUGAGGCGAGACUACUGGCAACAGUUCUCCUCUGCCACACUGCAAGUUGGCAUGAUCCUGGCAAUUUGGCCAAAGAGAGAUAUCAUUUGACUCAAAGACGAGUGCUGGAAUGGAGCUCGACCUCUGGAACACAGUCUAAGCCUAUGGUCAAAUUCUUUCAGACUGCAGUCGACUACUGGGGGAUGCUUCUGUCGUUCUUUACAGAUGUGUCAGGCGACCCUGAUUCUGAUACUCUGAUCGGGCCCUCAGAACCAAGCAACCAAUCUGUGCUGCACCCGUUUGUCGGAAUGGCGGGAGAAACAGUCAAGACACUCACUGACGUUGGAAAUCUUGUCUCUCAAUACCGUUCUCGAGCCUCGUCCAUCAGGUUCAUCACGGAGGAGGAUAUGGACUUCUUCAAGAUGAAGAUCAGGGAGGCUCGCUGUCUAGAGAAACGACUUCUUGCGUAUACGCCUGCCGACACAUCGAAGAUACAGGAUACAGGGGAUCCAAGAACAACGCUAGCUCACCUGGCCAAGAUUGACAAAGCAUACCGAUGUGUUGGUCUACUCCAGAUUUAUCGCGUGUUUUCUGAUCUUCUCGCUGAACGAUACAACCCCUGGGAUGCAAAUCACAUAUAUUCAGCCAGACCGCCACCCCAAGUUCCCAGCAAAGCCGAGAAGGAUUACUGGCUAACAAGUCUAGCGUUAUAUAUGCUUGAGCUUCUCCGAGAUAUACCUUUUGAGUCGAGGAGUCGCUGUAUCCAGCCGUUAAUUCUCGUUGCUAUCUCGAGCGAACUUCGUCGCAUGCCACAGGAUGUCACAUCAUUAGGCGCAGCGGACGAAGAGUCACGGUACAUGGGACAGAGCAUUAUUGAACUCGCCCAAGCACGGAACUUUGUGAAGAGUCGAUUGUCAGCAUAUGCUGAUGUCCUGCCCUUGAGAAAGGUGAGCAAUAUACUUGAGCUGGUGACGAGUAUUUGGAGUGCUCUGGACGAAGGGGAUUCUGAUGUUUACUGGUUGGAUAUUUGCACUCGGAAGCAGCUCAACACACUCAUUGGGUAG